AUGGAUCUCCUGCGCUCUCAUCUCCACAAGGUCCGGAUCCCGGAACCCACGAACCGCAUCCACAAGGACGAGUGCUGCGUCUCCUUCGACACCCCGAGGUCAGAGGGAGGCCUGUAUGUGGACAUGAGCUCGUUCCUGGGGUUCGGGAGGGAGUACGUGGAGUGGAACUUCGAGAAGACGGGGAACCCCGUGUACCUCCACAUCGUGCAGCGCCGGAAGCCGGAGCCCGACGAGGCGGAUCGCCCGCUUAAGAAGCCCACCCUCCUCGCUAUAGGUGUGGAAGGAGGUUUUGAUGAUCAAGAACCAGAAUAUGACGAUACUUUUGAAAUUGUCAUCUUACCUGAUUUUAUCUCUCUUCCAUUUCCGUCAGUUGAUUUGCCAGAGAAGGUUAGGCUUGCGGUUGAUAAAGUUUUACUUGCUGAAAGUGCUGAUAGGAAAGAACAAUUGGCUGCUUGGGUUGCUGACAAGAAGAACAUUAGUGCAUAUGCUAUGGACCUGCAACAGCUAGACAAUGGUGUUAUUGUGCCUCCUACUGGAUGGAAGUGUAGCAAAUGCGAUAAAACUGAGAACCUCUGGUUGAAUUUAACUGAUGGUAUGAUCCUUUGUGGGAGGAAGCUUUGGGAUGGGAGUGGUGGGAAUAAUCAUGCCAUUGAACACUAUGAACAGACUAAAUACCCUCUUGCGGUAAAGCUUGGGACAAUUACUGCUGAUUUGGAAGCAGCAGAUGUUUUCUCAUACCCUGAAGAUGAUAGCGUUGAAGAUCCGCUAUUAGCUCAGCACUUAUCACAUUUCGGUAUCGAUUUUUCUUCACUUCAAAAGACUGAGAUGACUACUGCUGAGAGAGAACUUGAUGCCAACACAAAUUAUGACUGGAAUAGAAUACAAGAAAGUGGAAAAGAUGCUGAACUUUUGUUUGGACCUGGCUAUACAGGUCUUGCGAAUCUUGGGAAUAGUUGCUAUAUGGCUUCUAUAAUUCAAGUCAUGUUUUCAACCCAUCCUUUCAUAUCAAGAUACUUUGAGAAACAGAGUUUGAAAGCUGCAUUUGCAACUGCACCAGCUGAUCCAACAGUAGGCCUAAACAUGCAAAUGACAAAACUAGGACAUGGUUUGCUCUCUGGUAAAUAUUCUGCACCAGCAAAGGAGGGGCAGGAAGGGAUACGUCCUCGCAUGUUUAAGUCAGUUAUUGCCGCGAACCAUCCUGAAUUUUCUAGCAUGAGACAACAGGAUGCCCUCGACUUCUUCCUUCACCUUAUUGACAGAGUUGAGAAGGCAAACCCUGGGAACCAUGAGCAAAAUCCUUGUUCCGGUUUCAAGUUCGUUGUUGAAGAGAGGGUCCAAUGCCCUUCUGGGAAAGUUUCUUACAACAAACGGUCUGACUAUAUUCUUUCUUUGAGCAUACCACUGCAUGAGGCAACUAAUAAAGAGCAGCUAGAAGCUUUUAAUGAGAAGAAAGCUGCAAUGGACUUGGAUGGAAAAGAAGUGUCUAAUGAGGAUAUUGUCAGGCCUAGAGUCCCAUUGGAGGCUUGCUUAGCGAGUUUUUCGGGGCCAGAGGAAAUCCCGGAUUUUUAUAGCACUGCAUUGAAUUCGAAGACUACCGCCACUAAGACUGCUGGUUUCAACACCUUUCCUGAUUACCUUGUUUUGCACAUGCGCAAAUUUGUAAUGGAAGCAGGAUGGGUGCCAAAGAAACUCGAUGUUUAUAUAGAUGUGCCAGAUACGAUUGAUAUCACACAUAUGCGCAGCAAAGGUGUACAGCCUGGGGAAGAGCUGCUACCUGAAGGAGGUUCUGGUGACAACAGUGCCGAGCCUGAUCACCCCGUUGCCAGUGAGGAUAUUGUGUCCCAACUUGCAAGCAUGGGCUUCAACUACCUUCAUUGUCAGAAAGCUGCUAUUAACACAUCAAACACAGGAGUUGAGGAGGCGAUGAAUUGGCUCCUCUCUCACAUGGAUGAUCCAGAUAUAAAUGACCCAAUAUCAAAAGAUUCACGUGCUUCUGAGCUGUCUGUUGAUGAAGCAAGCGUUCAAACUCUCGUUUCCUUUGGAUUUCAGGAAGAUGUUGCCAUAACGGCCCUGAAAGCUUCUGGCGGUAAUAUUGAGAAAGCUACCGACUGGAUUUUCAGCCACCCCGAAGCAUCGAGCUCAGCAUCUGCUGAUUCUUCCAAUAGCAAUGCUAAUGCUGAUGACGCAUACAUUCCAGAUGGAAGUGGCAGAUACAAGCUGAUGGCGUUCGUGAGCCAUAUGGGCACCUCAACCCACUGCGGGCACUACGUAGCUCAUGUCCUCAAAGAUGGGAGGUGGACAAUCUUCAACGACAGCAAGGUCGCAGCAUCUGUUGACCUGCCCAAGGAAAUGGGCUACCUCUAUUUCUUUCAGAGGAUUAGCAACUAG